AGCGGGCCAAACAAGCUAGUCAACUUCAGAGACCUGGUUCAAUGCGAAAUGGAGAAACACCGCUCUUCUUAUCGAGGGGAGGGGGUCUCGACGAUGUUUAAGAAGAGGCUCGACUCUCGCCAUCGGUGGCCGAGCUCCUGCUUGCCCUCCCACGCUGCGAUCCUGACCUACAGUGCUCCGCCAGUUGUCCAUCGUUGCCGCUGAACUCAUGUCUGCGCCGGGUGUGAACCAGAUACCAUGCGCCGUAUGCAACACCGGUCUCGUCGGCAUCGGGAAGGGCCAGAUAUGUGGUCAAUGUCGAAGCACGUACAACCUCGGGAGGCAGGGGGGCGCUCCAGAGUCGUUGCCCAAGAUCCUUGAAUUCCUCCACCGGGCGAACUCCACCGAUGUCCAGAGGAUUCUCAUGGAAUGCAAUGCGAUCCUGGCAAACCGUCGGCAGCAACAACAGGCACAGAACUCCCUGUCCGGCCAAAGCACGCUGCCGAUGAUGGCAACGACGCCGACUCCUACCUCAGGGCAUUUCCAGCAGCCUUCAGACUAUGGGUCCCUAGAUCCGCCCAUUAUGUUGCACCCCACCUUCCAGUUCGGCCAUAGCGCCAGUUCUCUAGUCGACCCCCAGCAUUACGGAGGAGUCGGUCCCGGCAGCAGUCUGCUGACGCCGAGUGCGGCAAACUUCUUGACAAAUAUGCCCCAAGCCGAGGUCCUGAACACCGGCAGCCAGUUUUCAAUGAUGCCGUCGAGCUCGUACGCCGCCUCAGUCUUCGACCACCCUGCGCCAGCCCCGGACCGCGACUCGUCGUCGACCGUCGACAGCCAACGGUCGGGCGGCAGCCGGCCCAAGCCCCUGUCGGCCAACACGAUAUCAUCGUGGGAGUACCCGUACCGCUGCACCUUCCCCCCCUGCACGGCGUCCUUCCGCCGCAAGCACGAGUGGAAGCGGCACGAGAGCUCGUCGCACGACCCCCAGUUCCUGUACACGUGCCACUUCUGCCGCGACCGCGAGAAGCCCUUUACGCACACGCGCCGCGACAAGCUGGGCGUGCACCUGCAGUCGGCCCACGGCCUGGACAAGGACAUGCGCGACCCGGCCGGCCGCCAGGCCCUGCGCCUCGAGGAGCUCGAGCGCCCGCCCUGGACGACGGACCACCCGCGCCGCAGCCACCGCUGGGGAUGUGGGUUCUGCUCCGCCGUGCUGACGAGCUGGGACGUGCGCGCCAACCACAUCGCCGACCACUUCCAGGCGCGCUGCUCCAUGGAGGACUGGCAUGUUCCCGUGCUUGGCGAUGAUGAGGAGACGGAAGACGAGGGUGGUCGUGGGACGGGGGUCAUGGGCCGCCUGGUCAAGUCGGUCAAGAGGCUGAGUACGGAGGAUUACGCGAAUGAUAUGGAUUGUUAUGAUGAUCGGGAUGCGGACCGAUAUGGUUGAUAGGGUUUCUUUUCUUGUACCAUACAUACUUACUGCAUUGGGAUUUAUGGGGAAUGUUCAUUGACGAGUCAUUAUGCCUUCCAAGAAUUUCCAUGCUUUGGUCCGGACUUUUAAGAUG